AGUAAACGCAGAGGGAGGGGAGUGUGCGCAAGGCUUUUGGAAAGAGGCAUGAAGACAGUCGACCACUGCAAAGUGUUGAGCGCGGGACAGACUGGCUUCAGUCCACAGUGCUCCUCAGUUGUCCAAGAGAAGACCCCAGUACUCUCGCCUACAGUCAGACGCUGACACUCACCCCAACCAAUAAUGUGAGAAUCAGACGGAAACGUUUGUCAGAUGUUAAAGCUCAUCGUCGCUUCAUUGUACUCCCGCACCGUCUCUGCUCAACACUGUCACACAGUUUGCAGCCAGACUACAGUAUACAGGCUCUAUCCACGCGGAUACCUGGUGUGAGAUGCGGCAAUGUCCCGAGGAAUAUGCCCACGCGUGAACUCUUGCGGAUGCUUUUGGAUUUUCUCUGCGGUCGUGUUUGCAGUGCGUGUGAUCGAUGUGGAGUCGCACAGCUGUCAUGAAGUGAGGACCGCUUUCCAGCUGCGGCAGGUCGGCCCGCUGCACCGCGUACCGGAGACACCUGACACAGAUGUGGAUCUGUUGAUAUGCAAGCACCAGGGUCCCUCCUGCUGCACCCGCAAAAUGGAAGAGAACUACCAGCUUGCUGUAAAACGAGAAACCCUCCACAACAUUCACUCCUACAGCUAUGAGCUGGAGCAUGUCAUCUCUGGCCACUUGGAUGCCUUUCAGGACAUGUUCCAGUACCUGUUAUCGUUCUCUCAGGGACACCUGAGUUCUCUGUUGGAGGGAGCAUACCCAUCCCUGUCUCGCCAUGCCUUGCCUCAUGUAAAUCAACUCUUCUCCUCACUCUCGCUCUAUCUCCGCGGGGCCAAUGUGUCGGUGGAGGCGACAGUUCAUCAUUUCUUUAACAACCUCUUCCCACUCGUCUACACAAAACUCAUCAAUCCAGGCAUUGAAGGCGGUAUGAUGGUGGGCAGCGAAACGGGAGACUGUCUCCGUAUGAUCCGGCAGGAUGUCAACCCGUUCGGAACUCAUCCCACUGUCAUGGCCCAGGAGCUGGCUGGGGCCCUAGGAGCUGGGCGGCAGCUGGGUCUGGCUCUGGAGGAGGGUUUGGAGGUGAUGAAUGCCACUGAACACAUCAGCCUGACCAAAGAGUGUGUGAAGGGCCUUGUGAAGAUGGUGUACUGCUCCCACUGCAGAGGCUUGACGCUUAUCAAGCCCUGCGUGGGAUACUGUCUGAAUGUGAUGCGAGGCUGCUUGGCCAGUGUGUCAGAGCUGGAUCAGUCUUGGAGGAGGUAUACCAGUUUGUUGGAGCAGCUCACUCACGCCAUGGCCGGGCACCACAGCCUGGAACUGGCCCUGCUGGAGGUCAGGGGCCGCGUUAACAAGGCCUUGCUCUACGCUCAGCUUCACGGCUCAAUCAUCACUGCCACAGUGGACAAGGUGUGUGGCCUUUCUACUGAGGAGCCUACAACGAUGCAGUCUACAAGCCCAGAGGUCACAACCUCUACGGUGACCUCCUCAUCUCCUUUUCCAUCUGCAGCCCCCUCCCAACCUUUACCAGAGCAGUGGCUUGGGCAACUCGCCCACUUGAGGAACUCGUUCCCCCUGAAACCCUCCAAGAACAAUAAACAUAGUCUGAAAACGCUCUCUAGGGACUUCUUGAUGUAUCUGCAGCGCUACAAGUCUUUCUUUGCAGCGUUGCCAGAGAUGCUGUGCGAAGGGGAGAACAUGGUGGACGACUUCACAUGCUGGGGUGGAGAGGAUGUGUUGGAGAGCUAUACCAGCCGAGUUGUCGGAAACGGUCUGCAUGCCCAGAGGCAAAACCCAGAGGUCAAAGUUCGAGGUGCGGACCCUACAAUGGCUGAAGUUAAGGAGGGGUUGGAUCACUUCAAUCAGGAGACCCAGGAGAAGUUUCCGAAACUGGGCCAGGUGGAGGUCUGGGACGAGUUGGGCAGUGGGAAAUCGGAGGGCAGCUCCAUAGGCUGUGACGAUGAAGACGGAUGUCAAGCCUCAGGAGAUGAUCAAGAUACCUCAUAUAUAGAUGCCUCCAGUGAAGGAAGACCCAUUGCUAGACAACCUGGAGGUGACGGCCCACAUGUGAACCCCUCCAAGCCCCCAUCAGUGAAGGUGAUAGGGGGCUCACCACCUGCCAGCUGGGCACGGCCCUGGAGCCUUGCACUGCUCCUUGCUGCACUUUGCAUGCAGUGGACUUUAUUCUGAUGCCAGCACUGUCUGUGAAUCCCACUUAACCAUUUUAGGAAACAUGUAUAUGCAGACAGACUUAAAUAUCAUAUGUCACAUAAAGUAUCCUUGCUCCUGUCCUUAAUCUAUGCGGAUGGAUAGUAACAAAGGAGAAAGAAACAUGGGAAAGGAAGAUGGAUACGGAAGAGAGGAGGACAACGUUGUAGGAGACAGUAGAUGAGGCGCUCCUGCAGGAACUUGUCCUGUGUCAUUACCAAUGCAGAUGAUUGCACAAGCUGAUCCCAUGCACGGCCAUCUACAACGAUUAUGCCUGCUGCUUCCACUAGGCUGUUCUGGGAUUAGAUGAGUGUGUGUGCGUAUGUAGACACCAAUAUAGCCCCGCAGCUCCUUGCUCCCCUCACACUCGGCACACAACUUAUAGUUCAGAACAUUUAAAGCAUUUAUGUGUUCUUACGUACAUUAUAACAAUACAGCUGUGCUCUUUUUCUGCUGCUGGAUUUCGCUUAAUCUUUCGGAUUCUAAACCUCAUCACACUCAGACAGAAGAAUUUGACUCAUUUGAAAUGUCAACUCUUUUUGGGGUUUUUUUCCUUUUGAGGAAAAUUGGUAGAUCAAUCCCAGGUGCCGAGCCCACAACAGCAGAUUUGAUAUUCUCUGACUGCGUACCUUGGCUGGAAGUAGAAUGUAAUUAGUUCACACUUGCACAGUUGAAUACAUGGUGCAGACAAAGUAGGUGUCGAUAAUAUGUAACUGUAAAUAGGUGGAAAGAUUUGAUGGAGUGUGUGAGGUUCUGAUACUACAAAGAGCUCUUAACGGAUCUAUUUCAAUGGGUUUAUCUUUUCUUUUCAACUAGCUAUGAAUGGACUAUGCCUGUCUGCUCCACAAAGUUAGAAAACAAUGCAAGUAAAAAACAAAAAAAAACAAAAUAAAGCAGAGCGUUUAAUUGAUUUUCCAGGUCAAGCUCAUGGCAUAAAUAUACAGUACAGUCUAUACAUUAUUGUUUAUGGUGCACUCUGUUUUGUGUUUUUUGCUCAUUGAAUUGCACAGUCAUUUGUUGAGAAACUGCGAAGCUUUCAAAUCUUCAGAAAGCAUAGAAAACACAACUUUUCAUAACUUUUUUUCCCCUCACCAUUCUGUGUCACAUGGUAUUUGGAGACAUGGGUAAGACUCAACCACAAUUUGACACAAAAACAGUAUAUUUUAAUUGAUCUAUAUAGGUGGGUACAUAUCAUUUCAUCUAGUACAGUGGCGGCCAUUGUUGAAGUCUCGCUACAUGGAUUCAAUCAUGUGUUUUCUCCUGAAUUAGAAUAAUUUUUUUUCUGUGUAGAGUUUCCUCGGUUUCUUCCCACUGUACAAAACUAAAUUGCCUGUAGCGGUGAAUGUGAGUGUCCGUCCUUUGAUCGUCCAAGGAUAAGCAGCAGUACCGUAGCUAAUGGGUAAAAGCAACGCCUUUGCAUGCCUGCGGAACAUUUCGUGAAACUAACAACAACUACAAUAACAAAUCAUCAUUUGUUUUAGUUGAUUCUUUAUGAGGACGUAACAUAAGGGAUUCGUUUUUUUAUGACUUCUACAAUGGUUUCUACUGUGCACCAGGUUUUAUUUCUUGUCUAGAUUUUGGUUUGUAUGAACAGGUACAGAUACAGCAGGGUCCCUACCUGUGUGAAUGAAGAUAUAAAUGCAUGGUCAUUGCUAUGCAAAUGCAGUACUCAAGAUAGAUGACUGUGUCCUUUGUAAAAAAAAAAAAAUUUGCAUAGAUACAGUAUCGAAGCUAAGGGCUACACACUUAGAGCUUGACGUGGGUCUGUGAGCAAUGAUAUACCUCUUCCAUUAACCAUGCUGCAUUCUAAACAACCUCUACAGUAUCUCUACUGAAAACUUAAACUCGAGUUUAAACACACAGAGAUAUACUAUUAUUAUUAUUCAUUAAAGGCAUUUAAUGAAGAAGGAAAGGUUUCAACACUUCAGAUGUGUCACAUUUCAUAUUCUGUAACCAUGUUUGCUCCGUUCAUAUAUGAUAUCCUCCUGUUUGUUUUGUUCCAGGCUGGUGUUCAUUGCACCCACAGUUCACUUGCAGUCCUAUACCCUCGCAUGUGUAUAAAUGUACAUAUUUUAAGUCA